CAAGUCUUUAGAGCAUAAAUAAUCCUCAAUACGAAUUUUCCAAAUUGAAUAAUUCGUAGAGUCCAAACUAACCAUUCCUUGAACAAUUACUUUAUCCAUCAUAAACAACACAAGAAGCCAACCAAUAAAUAGUCAAGCUCUGAUACCACUUUGUUGGGGAAGCACGGAACAAAACACAACGGAAGCGUAUAAAAUCUUUUUCCCAAAUUAAAUGAGAUGAACAACAAAGCACAAUAUACUCCAAAAAUCAGCACCACCACCACAAAUAGAUAGCAACGGAAAUAAAAUAAAGAACACACGAUUUACGUGGAAACCCCAAAUCGGGGAGAAAACCACGGCCGCUCAACAACGGCACCCAAACUUCCACUAAUCACCAAGAACCAAGUGGGUACAACAAGUUCUCCUCUCUAGUAAACACUAGAGGCAUACACAAUCAUCAAGGAGCAACCUUGGAACAACAACAAUCAACAAUUCAACAUAAAAUGGAGUAAAAACUCCCAAAAAACGCAGGUCUGAAAACGCAGCCAGAAAACAACCUUCCGGGCAUCAAAAUGAGAAUCUGACCGUUGGAUUUGAAGAGGAGUAUGUGAGGAACAACAUACUAAAAUUUGAGCACGAUCGGACUUCGUUUGGCCUUCGAUCCGGAGGUGAAAAGUGGCUGCUGCACUGUGUGGCGAGAAAUCUGUUUUUCUCCCUCUUUCCUACGUUUUUGCUACUGCCUCUUUUUUUUUUUUCUUGCGUAGCUACUGCCACAUGCUGCCUUAUCCCUUCCUUUUUUUUUGUUAAUAGCCACACAAUAUGGGCCACCAAAACAAAUGGGCUAAAGCUUUACACAUAAAAGAAGCCCAAAUACAAAAGAUAUAUGUAAACUCAGUCCUACCUCGAUCUCCCGCUAAAAACAAUGGACGGCGGAGAAGAUCACUACGGGAUGCCACCAGAUCUACGGCAGUUCAUCAACAACACCACCACUACGCCCCCACUUUUCAUCUCCCCUCCUAUUCCUCCUCCUCCCCACCACGGCGGCCGGGAUCUCGCGCCGCCGCCCCCGUCCCACCACCGCUACGACAUGGUCAUGCCGCCCCCGAGCCGCGGUGGGUUCCACCGUGAGUUCCUCGCGGAGUCCGCCGCAGCCAGUGCUGCGGUGGGCUUCGGGGCACUGGAGAUGGAGGCUCCUGGCGGCGGCGGCGGAAACGGGCGGUGGCCGCGGCAGGAGACUCUCACCCUCCUUGAGAUCCGAUCAAGACUGGAUUACAAGUUCAAGGAGGCCAACCAAAAGGGUCCUCUUUGGGAUGAAGUCUCAAGGAUUAUGAGCGAGGAACAUGGAUACGAAAGAAGUGGGAAGAAGUGCAGGGAGAAAUUCGAGAACUUGUACAAGUAUUACAAGAAGACCAAAGACGGGAAAGGCGGCCGGCAAGACGGCAAACACUACAGGUUCUUCCGGCAGCUUGAAGCUCUCUACGGCGGCGGCGAAACCUGCGCCGCUUCGGUCUCACAAACCCAACCUACGACGUUCCAUUGCAACGACCUAACCGCCACCGCCAACGACGACAACGCUAAUGCGGGAGCUUUGCAUCGCCAGACGAUGAUGUCAGCCGCCGACAGCCUCAGCCUCUCAGACUCCUCGGAGUACGACACGUCGUCUUCGGAUGACAUCAUCGACCAGCAGGGGGAUGAGACGAGCGCGGCGGGCGGGAGGAGGAGGAGGGGGAAAGGGAGGUGGAAGGGGAAGACGAUGAUGUCAGCCGCCGACAGCCUCAGCCUCUCAGACUCCUCGGAGUACGACACGUCGUCUUCGGAUGACAUCAUCGACCAGCAGGGGGAUGAGACGAGCGCGGCGGGCGGGAGGAGGAGGAGGGGGAAAGGGAGGUGGAAGGGGAAGGUAAAGGAGUUCAUUGAUGGGCAAAUGAGGAAACUCAUGGAGAGGCAAGAAGCCUGGCUCGAUAAGAUCAUGAAGGCGAUCGAGAAAAAGGAGCAGGAGAGGACGGCGAGGGAGGAGGAGUGGAGGCGAAAGGAGGAGGCCAGGAUGGAGACCGAGCAGGCGUUCUGGGCCCAUGAGCGGGCCUGGAUCAAGGCUCGCGACUCCGCCCUGAUGGACGCGCUGCACAGGGCGGGCAACGUCGUCGUCGCCUCCUCCGAGACAACCUCGGAGGACGACACCUGGACCGAGGACGAGGUGUCCAAACUCGUCCAAAUCCGAAACAACAUGGUCGUCGUCGGGGGUAAUAAUGUCAAUUACCACCGCCAGGACGGCGACCUAUGGGAGGAAAUCGCGACGAAGAUGUCGUACCUGGGGUACGACAGGAGCGGGGCGAUGUGUAGGGACAAAUGGGUCCACAUGAACAACAGUUAUGUGGUGAUGAACCAAUGUAAUAGCAAGAAGAGAAAAGACUAUAACAACCCCGGGGGAGAGAGUUGUUACUACAUGGAUGGGGACAAUGGAGGAGGUUCUUAUGAUCAUACUUAUACUGGUGUUUAUCAUGUUAAAAUCAAGAUUCAUUUUUACCUAGAGGAAGAAAAAAACUCCAGUUCGUAUCCUGGGCUUGAUUCUGUACCUGAUUUGAUCCUUCAUAUUUCAAGAGAUUUGCCUCUGAACAGUGGGUUGUGGUUUGAGAUUGAGAAUCCAACAGAUACGAAGUCGAAGCAGUUGGAGAUCCCUCAAAAUGCUUAUAGGGCUGUUUUGGAGGUCGAUAGCAUGAUGAGCAUGAUCCAAAAGAUUGCUCAAGUCUCUGCUGUGCAAAACACUACGCCAGCACCGCCUCCUGUUCCUGUUCUCAUGUGUGUAUCCUGUGGUGGACAACAUGAUCAAUCUUCAUGUCCAUGGGAUGCAAUGGAGCAAGUUGAUUAUGUAAACUACAACCGGCCGCAACAACAACAAAAUCCAUUUGGUGGAUUUAGUUCUCAAAACAGAAAUCAUCCUGGUUUCUCUUGGAGCAAUCCUAGUGGAGCUGCCAAUCCACAAGCUUAUCGGAGUUCACCACCCGGCUUUCAAUAUCAACAGCAACAACAAUUUAGAGGUGGCCAAGGUUUUGCUAACAAUCAACAAUUUAAGCAAAACCAAAGCUUCCCCUAUGUUUCUAAUCAACAAAAGCCGAUCCUACCAACUCCUGAAACAACAUCAGCUCCCGGCUUGGAUAACAUUGUUGAUCAGCUACUCAAAUCUCAACUAGCCCAAGCCGAAACUUUGAAGAAGAUUUCUGAAGAGCUUACUCAACUUCGAGCUCACAAUAGGAUGCUUGAAAGUCAAAUCUCUAGUCAAGCAUCAACAUCAUCAACAAAGGUGACUAGGAAAUUGCCAGCUUGUCCUGAGAAUCCAAGAGAGCAAAUGAAUGCUAUCAUUACUCGGAAUGGGAAACAAAUUCAAUCUCCAUCUCUUCCGAGUAGUGAUCUCGAAGAAGAAAGAGGAGAGGAUGCCAAAGAAGAAGCUCAGAACAAAGUCAAAGGAGAUGCUGCUGAAAUGCUGCCAGAAUCCAUCCAGAUCAAAGAAGGAAAGAAAAAAGAAGAACAAGGUUUGGGAGCCUUCACGAUGUCCCGGAAGGUGACCCCAAAAGGAUACUUUUGGCCAACGAUUAUCAGAGAUUGCGCAGAGUACGUGCGCAAAUGCAUGGUUUGCCAGGAAUUCCAGAGGAUGCCAGGGCGACCGGCGACGAAUUAUACCCCGAUAAGCACAGCGAUUCCUUUUGCCCGGUGGGGCAUCGAUCUGGUCGGUAUUUUGCCUCGGGGGACAGGGAACAACACAUACUUGGUGGUCGAGAUUGACUUUUUCACCAAGUGGGUCGAAGCCGCCCCCGUGCCAACCAUCACUACGGAACAGAUGACGAAGUUCGUUUCCAAGCAAAUCUUGUGCCAAUUUGGGGUGCCCCAGCAGAUCAUCACUGACAACGGAACCCAAUUCGAGGCCGGAGGGUUCAACGAGUUUCUACAGAGCUGGGGCAUAAAACACAGCUAUGCAGCGGUCGGGUACCCCCAAACCAAUGGGCAGGUUGAGAACACCAAUCGUACCAUCAUGGACAGCCUCAAAAAGAAGAUAAUGGAAUGCAAAAGUGCCUGGGUGGAAGAAGUGCCCUAUAUUUUGUGGACCUACAGAACUACCCCAAGGAAGGCAACAGGUGAAACUCCUUUCUCGCUCACACAUGGAUUUGAAGCAAGGGCUCCAGCGGAGACCUCGUUGUUAAGUUAUAGAGUAGAGACGUUUGAUGCUCAAGGAAAUGAGGAGAACCUGAGGGCAGAGCUGCACCUCAUUGAUGAGCGAAGGGAAAGGGCAUAUAUGCGGGUAGAAAACUACCGCCGGCAGGUCAAGUCAUAUCACGACCAGCGGGUGCGACCAAGGCAGUUCAAGGUGGGCGACUGCGUCCUUCGGAAGAGGGAGGUCAGCCGGCCGACCGAUGGAGGGAAGUUUUCUAAAAGCUUCGAGGGGCCAUAUAUCAUAAAGGAGGUGUUGGCUGAUGGGACAUUUAGAUUGCAGACUCCAACCGGUGGCGACGUUCCGCGA